UAGUCUUGCUCUGUCUCUCAAGCUGGAGGGCAGUGGCAGGAUCAUGGCUCACUGGAACCUUGACCUCCCUGGCUCAUGCGACCCUCUCAUCUCAGGCCUCCCUGAUAGCUGGGACUACAGGUGUGCACCACCACAGCCAGCUAAUUGUUUUUAUUUUUAUUUUUUGUAGCGAUAGGAUCUCACUGUGAUGUGCAGGCUGGUCUCAAACUCCUGGCCUCGAGCAGUCCUCCCACCUCGGCUUCCCAGAGUGCUGGGUUUAUAGGCAUGAGCCACUGUGCCCAGCCACUGUGUGCAGAGAUUCUGGGUCCCUUCUUUUAGCCCCUGCCUCGAACGUCCUCUCUGGAGAGAGCACAGAUGUCCACGUGUGUUCCAGCCCAAGGUGGGCAUGCAGUAGCUCAGAGUCAUGUCCACUUCCGGAGCUGGGUGCCUGGGCCUCGGGCUCCCUGAGAAAGGGUGGACACGCCUACCCCGCCCCAGAGGGGCAGGGGUCCUGACACCUGUCCAGGCCCUAACAGAGUCGUUGUUAAAACAAAGGCUCUGGGUUCAAAUCCCAGCACUUGAUUCUUUCCUUGUUCUGUCCUCAGAGGACGGCAGCUCCCACGCCUCAGCUUUUCCACCUAGUAAAUGGGAAUCAGGGCCCCUCAGAGAUGCCUCACAAAGAAAGACAGUUCCAGCCCCCUGCAGGCAUCCCAUCCGCUCAAGGGCACCAGCCUCCUCUGUCUCUGCUGCGGCCGGCAGGGGGCAGCGCCCACCGCGGCACGGCCUGUCAGGCAGCGUGGACCCGGGUGGUCAUCCCCAGGCCCCCAGCCCCACGGUGACGACAGGCGUCAGAUUCCAUCCCUUCCUCCGCACUCGAGUCCUUGUCUGUCCCUCAUCCCCCUUCCUUCCCAUGCAUCCUGCCUGCAGCAGCCAGGUGACAGCUUCUAGGAAUAGGCAAUAUAGCCCCAAAUCUCCAGCCAAGGACACCGAAGGCUGGACAGGAGAAAAGACUAGUCCAAGUCCCCACGACGGUCACCCUCAGCCCUGCACCACAGCCGCUUCUGGGACCAGUUCCACGCAGGCCUCCGCUCCCUGUCAGCCCUUCCCCAGCCCUCCAGGCCCAUGUGUGGCCCAAACCCUGUACCGGAUCUCUCAGCCCUCUUCCACGGAUCACACACUCAGCACAUCUCUCAGCCCUCUUCCACGGAUCACACACUCAGCACAUCUCUCAGCCCUCUUCCACGGAUCACACACUCAGCAGAUCUCUCAGCCGUCUUCCACGGAUCACACACUCAGCAGAUCUCUCAGCCCUCUUCCACGGAUCACACACUCAGCAGAUCUCUCAGCCCUCUUCCACGGAUCACACACUCAGCAGAUCUCUCAGCCCUCUUCCACGGAUCACACACUCAGCAGAUCUCUCAGCCCUCUUCCACGGAUCACACACUCAGCAGAUCUCUCAGCCCUCUUCCACGGAUCACACACUCAGGCCCGCCCGGGGUGGGGGAACUGGAAAUGUAAAGGCAACAAGCCCCUUCGCACCUCCCAGCCCCAGGUGCCCCCGUGUUCAAGGGAGCCGACGGCUCAGACCAGGGGCUGUGCUCGCCGCCUACCCAGCCCAUUCCGGGCUAGCUGCCAAGGUUGGCGCAGGCCUGCCAGGCCCCCUCACCCCGCCUGCAGGACAGGCCCCCCAGAAUGGAACAGGAAGGGGUGGCCUCUUGCUAGGCUCCAGGGAACCCCAAAGCCCAGGCCCCCUGGCCCAUAAACAUUUACUAGGUUGUGGACGGCUGAUGUCACUCCUGCCCCACACGCAAGAGGGCCCCCGUCUAGAACAUCUGCCCCAGCGGGCUCCCUGGGGGGGCUGUGGGGGACCCUUCCGGAGUUCACCCUGAACUUCAUGGAGCCCUUCCCAGCCCCAGGCAGUCAGGAAUGGAACUGAGGGGCAGAGCCUCCCUGGGGAGCUAGGAGGGCUUCCUAGAGGAGGAGGCGGCACAGCAGAGAGGGCCCAAGGAUGAAGAGGCUUUUCCAGGUGUGCCCAGCGGGAGGGUGGUCCAGGCAGAGCACACAGCGACAGUAAAGGCCUGCUGUGAGGGAGAGCAGUGGGCGAUCAGGGGCCUUCUGGCCCAGGAGAGGUGCCUGGGGGUUGCGGGGCGCGCACUUGCUUCCCAAGAACCCAUCUCUGGAGACAUCCUCAGCAGAGACAAGGCUCCAAGAACACUGUCCUGGCCCAGCGCCAUGGCUCAUGCGUGUAAUCCCAGCACUUCGGGAGGCCGAGGCUGGCGGAUCACUUGAGGUCAGGAGUUUGAGACUACACUGGCCGACACGGUGAAACCCUGUCUCUACUAAAAAUACAAAAAUAAGCCAGGUGUUGUGGCAGGCGCCUGUAAUCCCAGCUACUGGGGAGGCUGAGGCAGGAGAAUCCCUUGAACCCGGGAGGGGGAGGUUGCAGUGAACCGAGAUCACGCCACUGUACUCCAGCCUGGGAGACAGAGUGAGACUUUGUAUGAUAAAUAAAUAAAUAAAUAAAUAACGCUGGCCUGGGCUGGCGCUGACCCAGGCCCCGCUGCCAGGGGUCUCUAAGCUCUUGAGUUCACCCCUCACCUCCUUCAGUUCUCAGUUCACAAGCCACCUCCUCCUCUCCCCCGCCAGGCCACCAGCACCCCACACUCAUUUGCCUUCUAGUUUUGCCCGUAGCCCGUGCCAGUUUCUAAACCCCGCA